UCCUCUCCCAGAAAGUUUCCUUCUUUCAGCAAAGAGGGCGGGAGGCGUCCCGGCAGCUCCGGCGUGACACCUGCGGGGCGAGAUCGGCCCCCGAUAGGCGCCCCUUCGCCAGGUUUCUCCCCCAGGGCUGCGAGUUCGAGCGCUCCGGAGAGGAAAGGGCCCCCCAGGGAGCGGAUCGCAAGCCCCGCGGUGGGGGGCGGAUCUGAGCCGGAGGAGAGCGUCCAGCCAGCCCCCGACGGGACCCUUGCGAGCCAUGGCACUGGAGGCUUCGCCGGCGUGAGCUCCGGGGGGGAGGAGGAAGAGGCCACCGGGAUGAGAAGAUCAACGGUCAGCAUGGUGGGCCUGCCAGCUCUUAUCUUUCUCCUGUGGACCGUGGAAGGUGUGAUAUCCUCCAGUUCUCAUUGGAAGCCCACCUGGCCUUCUUACAAGGUUCCAGUCGUUGUGCCACAGUUGACUGUCAAUUUGGACAAACCGCAGUUUGAUGCAGAAGCCAAAUUAGAAGUGGUCUCACCUUGCGACCCAUCUUGCCACAAGCGUUCCCCAUUACCAACUUAUGAAGAGGUAAAAGACUAUCUUUCUUAUGAAACUUUGUACUCCAAUGGUUCCCGUACGGAGACGGAAGUUGGCAUCUACAUCAUUACUAGCGGCAAUGCAGGGGCGCCGAGCAGAUCUCGGACAAAGAGGCAAAUCUAUGGAUAUGAUACAAGGUUUAAUAUUUUUGGCAAGGACUUCUUGCUCAACUACCCGUUUUCCACUUCCGUGAAGUUGUCCACAGGUUGCACUGGAACGUUGGUGGCUGAGAAGCAUGUCCUAACGGCAGCUCACUGCAUUCAUGAUGGCAAAAGUUAUGUCAAGGGAGCCAAAAAACUACGAGUGGGAUUUCUAAGGCCCAAGCUGAAAGACGGUAGCAAAGGAGCAAAUAUCAGCAGCUCCUCAGAACCCGAAAGAAUGAAAUUCCAGUGGAUCCGUGUGAAGCGGACACAUGUUCCCAAAGGAUGGAUAAAAGGGAACGCCAAUGACAUUGGCAUGGAUUAUGACUAUGCGCUGUUGGAACUGAAGAAGCCUCACAAAAGAAAGUUCAUGAAUAUAGGCGUGAGUCCACCAGCAAGACAGUUGCCCGGAGGAAGGAUUCAUUUCUCCGGCUAUGACAACGAUCGGCCUGGAAAUCUGGUUUACCGUUUCUGUGACGUCAAAGACGAAACCUUCGAUCUCUUGUAUCAGCAGUGUGACGCUCAGCCGGGAGCCAGUGGUUCCGGUGUUUACGUGCGAAUGUGGAAGAGACCGAACCACAGAUGGGAACGUAAAAUUAUUGGGAUAUUUUCAGGGCACCAGUGGGUAGACACCAACGGCUCUCCCCAGGAUUUCAACGUGGCUGUCCGCAUCACGCCCCUGAAGUAUGCACAGAUUUGUUACUGGAUCAAAGGCAACUACAUGGACUGUCGGGAUGGGUAAAGACAAUGAACAUCCCAGAAGGGCCUUGACUGCUUAUUUUCUCUCUAUUGCCAACGCGCAUGAUUCUCUUUAAUAAAUACCUGGAUGCGGGGGUUAACAGGGAGGUCUAUCUUCUUUGCGGGGGUAAUUUGUGUUAGAGAACAAGCCCAGUUAGAAGGCAUGUGUUUGGCAAUGAGAGCCCGGCUGAUCCUAGAUUGCAGGUUGACCUGAAGUGCAGAUUUAGCCUUACACUUCUCCUCCAGCGACUCACUUCCUCUUGUUCCUUCUGCGUCUGAAGGCGCAUUCAUGGUGCUCUUAUGUUUAUGUAGCAUACCAGAGGUAGGAAGGAAGAGGAGAAGGAAGAAAAGCAGGGGUUACUCAGGAGCCGGUGGCUGGGCAUCUCUGGCAGCUCUCGCACCGGGGGAAAUUGCACCCAAAGUAGUCCAGGCCCUGUGGCAGAGCAAAGGGUUUCCCUUCUAGCACAUGAAAUUGGCCGCACAAGGCUGGUACGGAGAAGAGCAACCACCAAACCAUCCAUUUAAGUGAUAUGAAAGAGAUGCAGCUGAUCCCAACAGGCAUCGAUUGAUUUUAGAAGUAGAAGUUGAAAUCCAUCGCGCUCACCCUUAGCAUCAGGGGAAGGCCUCUGUGCCCCAUUUGUUUGCUCUCCAGGGCAGCUGAUGGUCCGUCACGUGAGACAGGAUGCUGGACUGAGUGGACCGCUGGUCUGAUCCGGCAGGGUUCUUCUGAUGUCCUUCAGAGCUACUCGCUAUGAAGGACACGCCACAUUUAUCUAUGGUGCUUCCUUUCUUUCUCCAUCUGCUUGCCCAGUGCUUGGAGAACAGGCAGGCGUUUGCCGGAUGUAUCGUGGCGAUGUGCUGAGAGGAGUGUUUGAGACUUUGAGAGCCCGUUCAACCAGGUUUCCUCUACCUUCUGGCCUGAUUCUUACACUGCUUUUACAAGUCACAUCUCAGUCUUCCCUCUAGUCAUUUUAACCCCACCCUUCUUUAAAGAAGCUCAGAGUAAUGGAGUACAUCCACCUUGCCUUCACAACAGCCCUGUGAGGGAGAUCAGAGUGAGGGGGAAUUACUGGCCCCAAGUCUCCCAGCAACCAUCAUUAGCAGAGUGGGGAACUGAACCCAAACACAGAUCCUACUAACUUGAAACACAAAGCUGCCAUAUACUGAGUCCAGCCAUUGGCCUGUCACUGUCAGUAUUGUCUGCUCUGACGGGCAGCCGCUCUUCAGGGUAUUUUGACACUCUGACCUCUCCAUCUUGGCAGCUGGGCUUAUGUCUUGGGAUGGGCAACUUUGGAACAGUAAUUCAGGUGUCUGCUUCUGAGAAAGAGAGAGCGAGCCCGUGGAGGAAAGGUCUGAAGUUCCAAGGCGGUCCAAGAUGGUUAUGUCUGACUGUUCACAGUGUCAGGUGCAGCUGUGAUGGUGGGUCCCUGUCUUAGGUCUUUCUGGUCUUGUUCUCUGGUGGAUUCUGCUCCUACAACAGGCUUAAUUCAGACACCUGUGGUCUAUCGUUCAGACAAGUCUACACCACUCCACAGUAGGCACACCCCAUGUCAAAAGAGUAAUUUCUGGUUUGCCAGAAUUCAAACAUCACGUCAAACCAUGUCACUUCCUUAAUCAUGCUUUGGCCCGAUGACUGAACCGGUCCAAAGGCAUCAAAUGCACAAAUACCUUCUUGAAAAGCUGCUUUCCCUGCUGCCCCAGUUUCGCUCUAGUUGCCAGAGAAACUCCAAGGUUCUUUUAACUGUCUACAAAGCUUGGCAGGGUAUGAGAGACGAGGCUGCAGCCUUCCCCUGAGAUCUCUGCAUGUGCCAAAGAAGUCUUAGAAAAGGAUGUCUGAGGUUUUGCAGUGGUCGCCUCAGAGGGUGCAAGCCACUGUAGAAGACCCCACGGAGACCUUUGACCCUGUGGCUCAGAAGAUGAGCCUUCAGGUUCCUCUAGACCUCCUUUCAGUUGCCAGCAGAAGAAAUUGUGGAAACCACUAGACAAGCAGAAUAAAUUCGCAAAAACAUUCAGCUUUGCUGGAUUUAUAUCACUGUAUACCAGUUACUCAGCUUCAAAGAGGAGCCUAAUUACAUAAUAGGUUUUCCUCAUGCAUUCCCCAAGUCUGCGUGAUCAAAUUUGCAUUGUGAGUUUUAUGCAAGCCUGAUCUGGAUUGGGACCACGUUUCAAGAGAGGAGGCAUAAGACUACCCCCCUAUACACACUAUUGUCUUGACCAAAAUUGCUCUGUGGGUUCUCAUUACCCCAUUGGGGAAACUUAGAUCUACCCCAUGAGUGCACAUUAAUUGCCCCAAAGGGGCAAUUUAUGCCCCACCUGGUUGUUUCAGGUCAGGAAAACAGUACGAGGGGAAGGCAUCAGCCUCUUCACCCUAUGUAUCGUAGUUUCAGUCUGAAUUGGGCCCAUUCAUACUUAAGACUGACUGCCUAGCACAGAAUUUGCAAUAUACAUUUGAUUGCAUGAAUUUGGAGAGGACUUGAGGAAAACGGUAAAAUUUAGUUCUUCCCCAAGUUGCUCUGCAGUGACAUCUUCCUAGAAUUGUAGGGCAGGUUAAUUGAUGGACUAAACCAGACUUUCUUGUUAACUUCUCUACAAUGGACCCUAGAAGGCGUGCCAUAUGAUUAAGAUGGAAAGUUGGUUUUCCCAACCACACCAGUGGUUGACAGCCAGAGAAAAAGGCUGGGGAAUGUUGAUUUUGGGUUGCUCAUGCUGUGAGCAUGGAUCGCCCCACACAUGUGCACCCUACUGUCAUGUGCUGAAUUCCACUUCUGUCUAGACACCACUGCUAAUCAUGUCGGAUACCUUGAAAAGAAAGGCCAAAAUGCUGAUUUAAGUAUCUUGCACUGGCUGUGCACAACUGGCUGGGUGUCAGCACAGAUUGGCAUUCUCCCAGGGUGUCUUCAUGCUGGUGCAUGAAGAAUAAGGCCAUUUCAUUGAGGUUUUUGCCAAGUUCCGAGAACAAAGCAAUAAGACAGUUCAGGUCUAGAAGGGAUGAGUCACUCUACAAACUGGAUGGAGCAAGGGAGAGUUUCCCCUUCCCAAGUCAGUGAAGAACGUUGGCAGGGGUGCCCCACACCUCCAAACCCUGCUUAUCUCAUUGCCAGCUGUUUAAUGUUGAAUCUUACGGGGGGGGAUGCAAAAUCCAAACCGAUGCUGCAGAUGUUCUUAAUAAUUUGUUGCACUGAAACACUGCCCUAGACUGCAAGAUGAGAAUGUGUCCCCCUCCCAUCUGAAGCUGGGGGGAAAAUGGAUGCAAGGGGCUUUGUGCUUGACAAAUGAGGGGAACGGUGGUGCGCGUGGAAAGGGAAUGCCUAUGGGCAGUGUGUGGUGCCCUCAAGUCAUAGCUGACUUAUGGCGACCCCUGGUGGGGUUUUCAUGGCAAGAGACUAUCAGAGGUGGUUUGCCAUUGCCUGCCUUUGCAGUCCUGGACUUCGCUGGAGGUCUCCCAUCCAAGGUCAACCCCGCUUAGCUUCUGAGAUCUGACGAGAUCAGGCUCACCUGGGCUAUCCAGGUCAGAGCAGGGAAGCUCUUAAAAUGGAGCAAACCUCCAGGGCAGCGAAAGCGCCUCGGUCUGUUGUCUGGUGUCCUCAGCUUGGCAUCGAAUGAGGACCAAUUAAGACAUCUGACAGCAGAUGUGGGUCUGGAAUCUUGAGAAAGUGCCCGGAGAGGGCAUGGUUUGCAAGAAAGAAGUGGGGAGGGGGACAUUUCACCUUAUUUCUACCUGCUGCUCCCCCCCCCCCGAUUUCAUUUAGCCAGAGUUCCAGAUGGAGGUUUUGCUGCGAUGUGACAAUUAGAAAGUGGCUAGGGGAGGACACAACUGGAAAUGGGGAGAACCAGCAAGGGGUCGGGAGGGGGCUUGAAGUGGGGAGGGGGUUACUUAACCCCCCACCUGCUAUUUUCCUCCCACAACUUCCUCCCCACAGCCAGGAUUUCCGAAGACCCAUAGUCCAAGCCCAAGAACACUUUCCGAGGAGUAAGCCCUAUGGAGUAGCCCUAAGUAGGACUGUGAAUAGAUCUGCCCAGGAUUGCUCUCUCAGUUUUGUGUGAGUGGGCCCCUGGAGGAAGAUUAGAGGGGAAAAUAUGGGACAGAAAAGGACCCCGCCUCUCAUUUCCCUGCAAAACAUGCCACUUCCUUGCUCCUUUGCAGCUGUUCAGCAGAGAUUGGGGCUUCUGUCCUCACGCCUGCUGUUGGAAUAUCUAGUUUGGCUCGAAGCACAGUCCCUCUGCAUACAUUGGCAGCUGAUUUCAGACUCCGCUGCACUCUUUGUGCCAGUGCUGACAUCCAGAACUAGUUCGAUUAGAAUGUGUCUAGCUGUGGGUCUUUCCCGAUUCUUUCUUCUCCUCCCACCUUAUUGAUUUCCAGGUGUUGAUAUACACUCUUGAAUGGUGCUUUGAUUUUAUUUUGUUUGUUUGGCAAUUGCUGCGAUUCCUGCACGGGACGCCAGCACCGCCUCUGCCUCUGUUCAAAUGCCAGGUCUAGCUCUGACACGUAAUGGGACCCCUCUUUGGGGCUGUUUUUCUGGUGCCUUCGCGAUACAUGCAGUUCCUAAGGCCUUACGAGGAAGUAUGAAUAACCUCUUCAUGUAUUUCACAAAACGACAGCCGCUUUCUUUCUCGGAUGUGGGUGACUGUGGGACUGGCGCAUUUCUGUUUUGAAUGUAUCCCAGCCAUUCGAAAGAAGUCACAGGACUUCGGUGCAGAUAAUUUUGUGCAUAUCAAUCAAUAUUUGUCUGGAAUGAAAACACACACUGUCAUUUUACUUGUUUUGUAAGGUGGUUCAAAUAUAGCACAGUUUGAUCAACUUCCA